AUGCAUUUUGCUUCUGUGACAAUAAUGCGGUGCUGUGACCUGGGCAGACAUUUGGAGGAUAAUGCUCAUCUGGCGGUCGUCAAGAACACAGGGCAUGCCUUCAACGUAGAGAAGCCAAAGGAGUUCAUCGAGCUAUUGAAGUCGUUUCUUGUCAAUUUGCAGCUUCCUCCAGGCAGUCCAGUUUCCAGUCAGUCAAAAGUUACAAAAGAUUUAACGGGAGAGUUGAACACUAAUGCCGUGGAUAUUGAGUGUAAACAGCAUCAUUAA